UUAAACGCCGUUGAAUUAUUUAUUUCUUCAUGGCUCAUGUCAGCAUCGAAAUCAUUAAAAUUUAACGAAAGAGCAAAUAUUGAGAGUUUUGCCCUCGACAUAAACAGUUUUUAAUUUUUGAUCGUGAACUCGAUCGCAACCUGAGUAAACGUGAUGCAACAAGGAAAAAUAACACGUGGAUCUGCGAUUGACGGUUAUGCCGAAUGUACCAUGUUGCAUUGUUCCUGAUCAAAUGUUUACGAGUUGUAAACCAAACACUUUUAUCUCAACCAAUCAUUUUCAAUUGAAAUCCGUCUAAUUGUUGUCGCGCAGUAAGUUAGGUCAGCUUUUGUCAGUGGCCCAAAAUUUGCAUACGGGAAGCGUUGUUUUUCCCGGCGUCAUACAUGAGAUUUUGGGGGAACACAAAGCUGGUGUUCAAAGCAAUUGACCUGAAAAUAAGUCUGCCUUAACAGUUGGCCUUGUACUGGCGUAAAGAAUACCACCAGAUUUAACGUGGAGAGGAAACACUUUUUGACGGCUAUGUAGAUUCUAAGCUAUUCCGCGUUUGAGAUCAAUUGCCAACAGCCAUGAUCAGUGACUUUUCGCUCGGCUACGGUUACCUUCCAGUUUGCUGGGCGCUUUUCACAUCUUUCACGUUUCUGUUAUGCUACGGCAUCGCCGUUUCGCUUGAUCACAUCUACCCGUUCGUUCCCGCCAUAAGCGACACGGGCGCCAGGAUCCCCGAGGCAAAUAUCUUCUCGGAGUUCUUCAAUUUCUCCUUGGUGUUAAUGGUGCUCAGCCUGUUUGUCCGCUACCUUCAGUUCCAGAUGUUGACGCAAGGCCUGGACUCGGCAGACCGUCGUCUUGACCGUUUCAACAAGCUGGGUUUGGGCUUUGGUCUUGUGAGCGCGUUUGGCGGCUCAAUCAUCGCUAACUUUCCGUCAAACGAGGAAGGCUCGAUGAUCUACGUGCACGACACUGGUGCAGUUCUGUUGUUUGGCAGCGGUGCUCUGUUUUGUUGGGUUCAGACCUAUCUCACAUACAAGCUGACCCAGCUUGGGAUAAACUCGCAAUUUCUGUUCACAAUUCGUUUCAUUCUGACAUGCGUCAUCUCUGUGUUUGGUUCGAUUUUCUUCGUGGCGGAAAUAUUCGCCUACGAAGAGUUUCGCCAGCAAUCUGCCCACGUGGUGGCGAACUGGCAGCCCUCAGACCCAGGCUACAGUAUCCAUGUGCUCAGCAAUAUUGGCGAGUGGAUCGCAGCACUCUGUUUUGGCAUGUUUGGCCUCACGUUUUUUGAGGAAUUCCAGAAGAUUUCUUUGCUGGUGGAAUGCAGUCAAAAGUGCGAAAACCGUCAGAACAGUCCACUGUUGGAGUAUACCAACAUCAACAGCGGGGACGAAGAGUAGGAAAUCUUGCUCUUGUAAAGCAAUGGUCAAACGGCGCAUGAUAGUCGGUGAUAUUUCAUAGUACUGACAGGCUUUCAUUUGACCACCAACUGUCUCGCACUAUCAUUAAUCUUUCCCUUCUCUCCUCGUGGAGAAUGGGGCCAUCAAUCCGUCUCCUCCAAGCAACUCGGUCUUUUACCGCCACCUCUACCGGGAACCUCUGCACUAUCAUCAACUGUCAUUCACUUUGAGCCUGUUCAAAUUCUUCAUGAUAUAUUCGAUGAUAGUUUUCCCUUUUGACCACACGUAUGAUUAUUGAUGAUAGUUCAUGAUAGUUAGAGGGAAAUCAACUAUCAUCAAGUAUCAUGGGCCGUUGGACCAGGGCCUAAAGCGAGCGCUUGACUCGAACACAUAAUGAAUUUGAAUUUAUGUCAAAAUUAUUUUAUCAAUUAAUUUAUUUGUCUAUAAAAUUUAUCAAUUUAUUUAUUUACAUUUUCAAUAGAGGGAAAAAUCGUACAAUUGAACAAAUGUGACAAACGAAAGAAAAAUGU